GAGACAGAUCGAAAGAGCGAGUGAAAUCGACAAGAAUUGCUUCUUCUCUCAUCCCUGCUCCUCAAACAAGGCUUCCCCGUCAAUCUUCUUCUGGUUGUGAGACCGCGAAAGAGAGAGAUAGAGAGAGAUAUUCUUUGGUUGCCUACUUGCUCUUUGCAAUGGGAAAAGAGAGAUCAGCUGCUGCCUCAGGAGAGAAGCACAACAAGAUGCUGGUUGGGGUGGUAUGCAACUUCGCUGCAGAACUCAAGCUCUUGUUAACCGCACUCCUCAUCCUUUGUUCCCUCGCUACCCUCCUCCAGUUUAUCCCCUCACGCUUUACCAUAUCCGCCUCUGAUCUCCGCUUCUGUAUCUCUCGCAUCGCCGCCGCUGGCCCCACUACCCCCCCCACCCUACCUUCUCCCCCCUCUCUUUUUCAUAAUUAUACCCAGAAAGAAACAGAUGAGGUCCUCCCCAGCGGCAUCAUACGCCGCGCAUUCAACCCCUACGGUGCAGCCGCCUACAAUUUCAUCACCAUGGGCUCCUACAGAGGCGGCCUCAACACCUUUGCCAUUGUGGGCCUCGCCUCCAAGCCCCUCCACCUCUAUUCCCGCCCCACCUACCAAUGCCAGUGGCUCCCUUUCAGCAGUAAUAAAGAAAACGACACCAACAUAACUAGUAGCCUUAGUUACAAGAUCCUCCCUGACUGGGGAUAUGGCCGCGUCUAUACUGUGGUGGUUGUGAACUGUACCUUUCCCCAGCCCAUCAACCUUGACAAUUCUGGAGGGACACUACUUCUCCACUCCUCCACAUCCGGAGGAGGUGACUCCAAAUUCAACCUCACCGACACCAUCCCUGCCUUGACAGAACCAACCGGCACCUUCAACCUUUCCCUCUUCACCUCCAAGCCCAAGUACGAUUACCUUUACUGCGGAUCCUCAUUGUAUGGGACACUGAGCCCCCUGAGAGUGAGGGAGUGGAUAGCCUACCACGUCAGGUUGUUCGGGGAGAGGUCUCAUUUCGUUUUUCACGACGCGGGUGGGGUCCACGAGGAGGUGUUGGAGGUUUUAAAGCCUUGGAUGGAGCUUGGCUACGUUACCCUUCAAGACAUAAGGGAGCAGGAGAGAUUCGAUGGGUACUACCACAAUCAAUUCAUGGUGGUGAAUGAUUGCUUGCACAGAUACAAAUUUAUGGCAAAGUGGAUAUUCUUCUUCGAUGUGGAUGAAUACAUCUAUGUGCCUCCCAAGAGCACCAUUCGUUCUGUGCUCGAUUCCCUUUCCGACUAUUCUCAGUUCACUAUUGAACAGAUGCCUAUGAGCAGCAAGCUUUGCCACUCCGUUGACGCUGCUAAACGUCACAGGAAAUGGGGCUUUGAGAAGCUUGUAUAUAGAGAUGUGAAAAGAGGAAUAAGGAGGGACCGCAAAUACGCAAUUCAACCACGCAACGUGUUUGCAACGGGGGUUCACAUGUCGCAGAACCUAGCGGGCAAGACCACCUACAAGACAGAGGGCAGGAUCAAGUACUUCCAUUAUCAUGGAACCAUCGCAGAAAGGCGCGAGCCAUGCCGAUACCUGAUCAAUUCCACGGAGAUCAACUUCGAGAAAACCCCUUAUGUUUUGGACACAACCUUGAGGGAUGUUGCUGGGUCUGUCAAGAAAUUUGAGCUCAAAAUGAUUGGAACUAGGUUACAAAACACUCGCCAAUAGUUAGAGCAACUUUGCAUUGGGUUUCUUUUUCUUUUCUUUUUUUUUUUUUUCUUUUUAUUUUAAUUUUGUGGUUAUUUAAUUAGAUGGUUGGGUAGGACAGGGCAAUUUAUUGGGAGGGUUUAGGGUUCGUUUUUUAAUUUUUUUAAUUUUUUUUGUGUUGAUAGAUUUAUAAAAGUAAAUAAUACUCCAGAUGGUAUAUGAAGCCUGCUUGAUAUAGUAGGAGAGGGGGAGAGAGAGAGAAAAAGCCGUUGCAUUCUUUAUUUAGUUAUAAUUAAAUUUAACGUAUUCAAAUCGAUGUGUUGACAAUUUUAUGCUUUUAUUAAAAGGAGAAAGGAGGAAUAAUUUGGUUGAUUAGCUGUGUCCGAUUGGGAUGGAGGACUUUCUGGUCAGGAGUGGGGGCCAGCACCGCCAAGCGCCAGUGGGAGGUUGCCAAUGUGCGUGGUUCGGCUUGCUUUGUUGAUUUUAUUAUUAUUAUUAUUAUUUUACGAGGUAAUAUCAUGGAUUUAUUCUAUCCUUCAAAAUAUAUUCCAAGGAAGGCAGAAGGUGGUAUGGUAUGUAUAUGGGUGGGUCAUAUUUUAUGGUUUUGGACAAGUCCAAAAGGGCCACGCCACUUAUUCUCAUCAUCUAACUAAUCUAAGAUACUUUUCUUUUCUUUUGACAUUUGUGAAAUUAUGAUUUAGCCGCCUAAAGACAAUGAUGAUGAGUAUGAGGCCCAUAGAGGAGUGGAAUUAGGAAAAACAAACGGUGUAAGUGUUGAAAUAUGAAGAGGUUUGAAUGAAAAAACCAAAGAGUGUCAAAUAUGGGGACUUGAAUGCGAAGCAACGUAAGGUUCAUUUUUUAUUUUGGUGUCCCUCCCACGACAAAAUUAAAAAGCGUUAGGUUAUGCCUGGUGA